GUCUACAAUUGUUUUAACGAGGUCCAAAGAAACUGGGGCAAAAUAUUUUAAUUGCGCAUGCUUUGUUGGGCCCAAUUGUAAGAUGGUGAAAAUAUAAUAAAAAAAUUAAACUCUUGUAAAGUGAAGUAAAGUCCGCAUCAUAUCGCACAAACGGCGUUAACUGCGUCGUUGAUAAAUCGUUUACAAAUGCCGAGUUGUUACAAUAAUAUUCAGUAAAAAUUGUUUGAACGUAUAAAAAAAAAUAUAUAUAUAUAUAUAUAUAAAGGGUGAAAAAGGUAAGCGCAAGUGCAAAUCUGUAACUUAAAAAAAACGACGGAGUUUAUAAUUUUGUCAGUGAUUUGUGCUCUCGCGUCAAUUAAUUAAAAAUGUAAAUACUCUUGGGGCGUGUUGAUAUUACAGUAAUAACAGUAACAAUAAGCAUCCUUGCGGAAGAGUUACGAUGCGAAAAAGAGACCGUACCGUCAACCUCGGUACAUAAAGGAGCUGAUUUGUCACCACGAUUAUAUUGAUGCGUGACGAACACGCACGUCAGACAUGAACGCAUGCAAUUCGUUGGGACUAAUAUUCGUCUUCGUCAUACUCGGCGAGAUUCUCCCCCCACUGGAAUCCAAGACUAUUAGGCCGUACAAAUACCAUCAUUCAAGGUCUCCCCACAGAUCAAGAUGGCAUCCUGGUCCCCGGCGUCCGAAGUGGCAUCCGCCCAGAAAAAGACCUCCGCCACGUGACUAUCCCCGUUACAAGCCGAAAUAUCACAGGUAUCCUCCGUCGCAUUACGAAAACGGAAUCGACUACGCGUCCGACGAACAGCCUUACACGAUUGAAAUCGAACUGCCAAGACGGUUCGGAGGGGCGGAAAACUAUCACGGAACUUCCGGUAUUCACAGCAAGAGAGGCCCCAAGAGAGGUGAAGUUUACGACGAGUCGGAAUACGACGAGUUCCUGGAGGAUGAAUAUUACGACGAACAGGACAGGGUAAUUCGGACGGGAAGGAAGAAGGUGCGGAUUAAGGUGAUCAAAGGUCCGAAGCCUAAACUGAACAUCAGGAUAUCUCGCAUAGACGAUGAGAGGACUAACGGGACCGAGACUUACCCGCUUCUUCAGCCGCAGAAAUCGACCAACAUUGACGAACUUGGUACGCAGUUGGACGAGGAAUGGAUGCCAGCAAAUCCCAAGCCGUCCUACCCAGUUCAUCUGAGAGGAGCUCGUUAGCGGGCAAUAGAUUAAAACUGUU